AACCUGGAACAGAGCAUGCGCGGCCCCGCCCCACCCCUUAUCCCCCUUCCCCCAAACCGGAAACUCGCCCCCGUUUCCUGUAACGGACCCCAGUUCCGGUCUUGUCCCAGAGCUGCUGCCGCGUCCGAGCCCAACGGACGCUGCCUAGAGGUCUCCACUGCCACUGAGUGCCUCUGGCUUCUCUCGCCAUUCAAGCUGGGCAAUUUUCGAGGCCGCCGCCGCCACCUUGGGCCUUGCCGCUGCCCAAUCCGGAGUCCUCGCUUCGGAGUCACCUUCGCCCUCGUCUUGGUGCCAGCGCCGCCAGCCAUGGCCACCGCGCCGUCCUCUCAAGUGCGCCAGAACUACCACCCGCAGUGCGAGGCCGCCAUCAACAGCCAGAUCAACCUGGAGCUCUACGCCUCCUACGUGUACCUGUCGAUGGCCUUCUAUUUCGACCGCGCCAACGUGGCCCUGAAGAAUUUCUCCAAGUUCUUCCUGCGCCAGUCCCACGAGGAGAGCCAGCAUGCCGAGAAGCUGAUGCAGCUGCAGAACCAGCGUGGGGGCCGCAUCCGCCUCCGCGACAUCAUGAAGCCUAACCGCGACAACUGGGAGAGCGGCCUGAAGGCCAUGGAGUGCGCCUUUCACCUGGGGAAGACCGUGAACCAGAGCCUGCUCGACCUGCACCAGCUGGCCACCGACAAGAACGACGCCCAUCUGUGCAGCUUCCUGGAGACCAACUACCUGCACGAGCAAGUCAAGGUCAUCAAAGAGCUGGGGGGCUACAUCACCAGCCUGCGCAAGAUGGGGGCCCCGGAAGAUGGCUUGGCAGAGUACCUCUUUGACAAGCUCACCCUGGGCAACAGCGACAAGCACUGAGUUGGGACUGCCUUCCCAUAGCCACAGGGUGCAUGGUGACUUCCCCUGGUCACCAUGCCGGGCAUGCAUUUUGCAGUAUUGCGCUUGCAAAACGUUCCAGUUUUUUUUCUUCCAGUUUUGCCAUAAAUAAAUGAAAUUAUUUGGUUUCAAUAAAGUUAUUUGGUUCCUAAAUAAAUAAAGGUCUCU